AUGUGUUUCUACAACCAGAGAAAAUUCGCCUGCGGAGACUUCAACUGGACUGGUUUUGCCUACCAGUGCAACUAUGAAUACCGCACUGGCGAGACGUGCGGAAUAAAGCUCGUGAACAUGACUGAGUACGACUCAGUCAUUUGCCGCCUUUGCGAGAAAAUCGAAACCAAGCGUCGUCGACGAAGCACCGAAAUUGAACGGUUGACCCGAUGGGAACGUGAGGGGGGCACCCUUGUGGCGUCCAUGGACAAGUGCAAGAGGCUCAUCGGAGACCUUGGAAAAGAAAUCACCCAGCUGGAGCGAGAGCGGGACGAGAAACAGAAGUCGAUUGGAGCGCGAAAAUGCUAG